CUAGUCAGUCUGGAUGAGCCAGCCUUGGAAAUUGGGGACCAAGCUCUGCUUAGACAAGAGCAAGCGAAGAUCAUUCGGUUUGAGAGGCAAGCAGAAGAGUUUCUCCAUGCAGUCUUCUAUCGAAAAGAUAGUCCUAGGGUCUCAGACCCCAACAUUCCCCUAGUGGCUCGCGAGAUCAUGCAGCGGAUGAUCCGACAGUUUGCUGCUGAAUAUACCUCAAAAACUAGCUCUACUCAGGACUCCAGCUUGCCCAAUAGCACAAAGAACCAAAGCCUGCUGAAAGCAUCUCUGGUCGCCUCAUCCCCUGUGGGUGCAACGGCUCAGAACCCUGUGCUCAGCAAACUUCUCAUGGCUGACCAGGACUCGCCCUUGGACCUCACUGUCAGAAAGUCUCAGUUGGACUCUGAACAAGACGGAGUGCUUGAUCUGUCUACUAAGAAAAGCCCUUGUGCAGGAAGCGCCUCCUUGAGCCAUUCACCUGGCUGCUCCACUACUCCUGGGAAUGGGCGUCCUGGGAGACCCAGCCAGCACCAUGCAGAGGGACUUCGGAGUGGUGAUGGGGUACCCCCGAGAAGCUGGCAGGAUGGAACCAGGGAAGGGUCUGGCCACUCCACAUCUCUCAAAGUUCCAUUGGCUCGAUCACUGCAGAUAAGCGAAGAACUGCUGAGCAGAAACCAGCAUGCUACAGCUGCCAGCCACGGGCCGUCUGGGCUGCAGAAUCAUGGACAGCACAUGAUACUAUCCAGGGAGGCUUCUUGGGCAAAACCACACUACGAAUUCAACUUCACUCGCAUGAAAUUCAGGGGAAAUGGUGCACUUAGCAACAUCAGUGACCUUCCUUUUCUUACAGAAAACUCGGCCUUUCAAAAAAUGGCACUUCAAACUAAACAGGAUGGGAAAAAGGACAUGAGCCAUUCAACUCCUGUGGAUUUAAAGAUACCACAAGUUCGAGGCAUGGACCUUUCGUGGGAGUCCCGUUCUGGUGACCAGUAUAGCUAUAGCUCUUUGGUGAUGGGUUCACAAACGGAGAGCGCGCUAAGUAAAAAGUUAAGGGCUAUCCUUCCGAAACAAAAUAGGAGGAGCUUGCUGGAUCCCGGACCAGAUUCCUGGGGCUCAGAUGCUGAGCAAUCUACCUCUGGACAGCCAUAUCCCACCUCUGAUCAGGAGGGAGAUCCAGGCUCUAAGCAACCUCGGAAGAAAAGAGGCAGAUACAGACAGUACAACAGUGAGAUAUUGGAGGAAGCAAUCUCUGUGGUGAUGAAUGGGAAAAUGAGCGUCUCCAAAGCUCAGAGUAUUUAUGGGAUCCCCCAUAGCACCCUGGAGUAUAAAGUGAAAGAGAGGCUGGGCACUUUGAAAAACCCUCCAAAGAAAAAAAUGAAAUUAAUGAGGUCGGAGGGGCAAGAUGUCUCUGUAAAGCUUGAGAUAGAUCCCCAGGGAGAGGCAGCACAGAGCACGAAUGAGUCAAAGGAUGAUUAGGGAUGUUGUAGAGUGCCAAUUACUUAACAAACUGGGUGAGCACUAUGGCAUUGUUCAACUCCCACUGCAUGCACCCAACUCCUCUUCAGUCACUGGGUGCAGGACAUGCUCCUUGGCAGCUCAGCAGAGACUUGUGUGGACAUGGGGAAAAGGGUGCUCUGAAUGUUGCAUAUUUGUAAAUUUUCUGGCCCAGUACGGCUUAGAGCCCUUUUUUGUGUUUUGUUUUUGUUUUUGGCCUUUUGCAUGUUUCUCUAAUAUUCUAUAGAGAAUUAAGUUACCUCACUAAGAAUGCAGACAUGGAAGUGGACUGCUUUGCCUCUUGAGCCUGCAUGGACUUUCGGUUCUUUUUAUCGGGUUUGGUUUUUCCAUACUCCCCUCAUUUCCUUGAACUCCAGUACCAGACUUAUAAAACAAAAAUCUGGAUUGUUGCUUUAUAAUUGGAUUUCAUACCUUUUUUUGUUGUUGUUUUCUUCUUGGAUCCAGUUGGCUUGAGAAAAAGUUAAACUUUUAAAAGAAUGGUUGGUCUUUUUAAUUCAGAGAUGGUGGUUACAACCUCAGUUGGCUGGGUUUAAUUGGAGGCGUUUUCUUUUAAAUUCAACUUCUUUACCAUUAGCAAUCUGCUUAGUGCUC